UCCCUUGAGGGUGUGUGUGUGUGCGAGAGAGACUCGCUAAGCAACGACCUGCAAACGGGCAUCCGAGCCAGUCCAAGCAAAAAACAGGAACCACAUUAUUUUCGAGUAUCUUUGCAAUGUCUCCAACGAUAAUUCUACAGCGUCUGCUUUGAUUUCAUCGAAGUUGCUGUCUCUCCAGACGUCGGCUACAGAAACGAAACAAGAAAUUAAUGCAUCUUGCUCCGCGUUCCUGUUUGUUUUGACCUGCGUAGCUAGAAGGGAAUCCUGCAACAGGGAUUAGCGGUCCGUCAAUGAGGAACUACCGGCUCAUCUUCUGCCACAACCUGAAGCAGCCAUAGAUGGUUUGGUGGUUCACUGGCUAGGGGAGGAGAGGACACACACUUUCACUGCUACACGACGUGAGGGCCUUGGCGGGGUUGUGGUGAGGAGGAGAAGGCAAUGAGGAAGAGCGUGUCUCCGUUGCCAGGCAACGAGGGCGGUAGCUCAGCCAGCACUACACGUGUUUUUGGCGUUCCUUUGGAGGAGGUGACGCGCACUCACACAAUCAGUGGCCAUGAGGUUCCUGCACUGGUGAAACACAUUGUCGACUACAUCGAAGAGCAUGGUCAUCUGGACCUGGAAGGGCUCUUCCUUGUUAAUGGCAAUGCAGAGCGUGUGGAUUGGCUGCGCCAGCGUUAUGACAGUGGUGAGGAGGUGGAGCUAGAGAAAGAGGCGGACCUGGCGUCAGUGGUCAGUUUGCUCCGACUUUUCCUGCAGGAGCUUCCUGAGCCGGUGAUCCCAACAGCGAUACAGGGGCACAUUCUACAGCUACAUCAAGAUUACAGCAAUGAAGAGGAUCUGUGUAGAAACUUGAAGUACCUGCUGCAGCAGCUUCCCCAGCUGAACUACGGCCUGCUGCGUUUCCUGUGCCGCUUCCUGGCCAGCGUGGCUUCACUUCAGCAGGAGAGUUGGAACAUUGGGACACUGGCCGCCGUCUUCGGACCAGACAUCUUCCAUCUGUCAACAGAAGGAGAGGACCUUCGAGACCAGGAGUCUGUCAGCAGAGUUCUGGCAGAGCUGUUGGACAACCAGGAUGGCCUGUUUGACUCCGAGGACGACGACGUCUCCACCACCAACGACUACAGCUCCAUCAAUGAACAGAUCACAGAGCUGUUAGACGAUGAGAAGUGUGAGGCCGAAUGUGAAGAGCUGCCUCAGGACGGAGAGGAGGGUCCUGCCUCCUCUGACUCACCACAACACACACACACUGAUGAAAGCCCCACAGCCAGCUCCCACCUCUCCCCUAUAUCCAUUCUGCCUGCUGACUCUGCUGAGAUAAUCCAGCGAACCAUCAGGGAUGCAGUGGAGCAGCACUUCUUUGAUCUGAAAACCUCCAUCAGCCAAGACCUCAGCAACUAUGACAGCCAGGGGGUGAGUCCCAAUAAGCCUGCAGACCAGGGUUGCCAUGGAGACGAGGAGCAACAAACUGACCCUGAGGACAGUCCCUGCGACACAGAAGGGGAGACCCCACUCACGCAAACCGAGAAGCACAUACAGCACAGCCAGAAAGACGCACAGGAUUUAUUGGACACUGGCGCCACUCUGGAGGAGAGCUCGGGAAUGGACCUGGAUGCAGAGGCUGUCAGAGAUGCUGAGAACAAUAUCAACACUGCCAGUCUGGACGAUCAACCCUGUGACAUCAUGGAGCAGACUCAGACUGACACCAUAAGCUGUGAUUCAAGUUCAUGCCGCUGUGAUCAGAACGCCAACACCAGCAAGACCAACAUGAACCACCUGUCGCCAUGCCAACCAAACUCUGGCCACAACCCCCAACUCCAACUUUUCCCUGACAACCAAUGGGAAGCGUCACCCCCCUCACAUCUCCACCUCCCUCCCAUAGAUUUCUCAUGCAUGCAUCUGCAAAAAGAAGGCCAAGACCCCGUCCCCGCUUUCAAAUCCUGGCAGGACGACAGCGAGAGCGGAGAGGCGCAGCUCUCCCCGCUGGCUAGCCGCAUGCUUCCUCUCCCCCUGCUCCCCCUGGAGGAGGACGGUGAGGAGGACGAGGAGGAGGGAGGGCAGGAAGCCUCCCCCUCCUCUUCCCGCUCACACCCUCACCUCCUGGCACGACGCUUUCUUGAUUUCGGAGCACACGGUGCCCAGCGAUUCCUCCAGCAGGACCCGGACGCCAUCUCACCAACCAAAGCCCAGAGGCCACGGCGAGCAUCAGUUGGCUCCAAAGAGGCAAUGAGAGGAGGAGAUUCAAUGACUCACCAACUCACCAAGAAGCUUCAGCACCUGAAAAAGAAAAUCAAGCAGUUUGAAGAACAAUUUGAGAAGGAGAGAAACUAUAAGCCCUCUCAUGGAGACAGGGCAGCUAAUCCCAAAGUCCUUAAAUGGAUGACCGACCUCACAAAGAUCCGCAGGCAGAUCAAAGGACGCCAGCACCACCUUUUACCGAGAAGCACGCUGAGGCACCAGGCUUUGCUCCAUUCAUACAGACGCCACCAUGCUCCCUCCUUCCCUUCCUCCUUAUCCUCCUCCUCUAUCUGCUCACCUCCCCAUCACACACUCACCCCCCUGAUCCACCCCUACUCAGGCCUGAGCUCUAGACCGUAUCACCUCAAUGCCAAACACCGUGCAGAGAGUGAGCUUGGCCCCCAGACUCGUCCUCGGAGCAACACCUUACCCAAGAGCUUCGGCUCCACACUGGACCAAGGCGCUUGCGAUGCAGCAGGAGAGGUGAAGGGUCAGCGUCCCACCAUAGAGGAAACUCUGGAGAUUAUCCAGUGCAGGGUCAAAGGGAAGAGGCAGGAGGACGGCUGGCCCGAUGACAUCAAGAAGAUGACCAAGGAGCAGUUGUCCUGUGAGAAGACGGUCCUUCAGAAGAACCUGCUGCACUAUGAGGGCCUGCAUGGUCGACCAGUUACCAGAGAGGAGCGUCUGGUGGUGAAGCCUCUCUACGACCGCUACAGAUUGGUCAAACAGAUGCUCACCAGAGUCAGCAUCACACCUGUCACAGUGUCCCCCUCCAGUAAGAGGCGAACUCAGACCCUCCAGCCAAUCAUUGAGGGGGAAACCGCUCAUUUCUGGGAGGAGAUCAAAGAGGAGGAGGAGGACGAGCGGAAAGAAAGAGAAGGAGGAGAAGAAGACGAGAAGGAGGAGGAGAGGGAGGAGGAGGAAGAAGAAGAGGAGGAUGAGGAGGAGGGAGAGAGCAGCGGUGGGGAGAUGCAGAGCUCUGAUGUCAUCAUGGCCGUCGACUUUGUGACGUCUUCUGACGGAUCAAUGAGCAGUCAGAAGCAACCCGACCGGCAGAGCGAUUGUCCAAUGAGCGGCAAAAUGGAGGAGGGUUCGGGGAAGCUGGCGCUGGACCUGCGGCUGUCCAGCUCCAAUGCCUCGUCCAUGCCAGAGCUGCUGGAACAGCUGUGGAAGGCCAGAGCAGAGAAGAAGAAGCUGAGGAAGACCAUCCGAGAGUUUGAGGAAGAUUUUUAUCAGCAUAAUGGAAGAAAUGUUCAGAAGGAGGACCGGGUGCCGAUGCUGGAGGAGUACAGGGAGUACAAGAGGAUCAAGGCCAAACUCCGCCUGCUGGAAGUUCUUAUCAGCAAACAGGAUUCCUCCAAAUCCAUCUAGACCUGCCCUCCACAGACAACAGCUGUCACCGCACACAACAGCUCUCACCAGUGCUGCGAGGACAUCCUGCCCAGGAUGUCCCAUUAGUCCGUCAGACGUCAUGACGCCUGGGGAAGGUUUAACAAACACCUCACAUUACUGCCCAGGAAGUGGAGACUCCGACUUCAUGACCUCCACUUGGUGUGCUGCAUUUGUGUCAUGGAGAAAACAACAUUAGAGUGACUUGCUGGUUCAGAGUUACAGUACAAUAUGUCAUCAUUUAGUUACAGGUCUUCACCAGUGCAGGGACAUUUCCAGUUUGAGGGACUUAACCUUCAUUUUAACUGAAGAAACCAAAGUAAAGUUAUGGUUCUUGGGUCUGAGUUUCUGGUAGUACUUUCCAAUGCCGUAAAAACUAUUCCAUUAGCACUGACUGGUCAAACCCGAUCCUCAUGGCUGCAGCUGUGUGGGGAUUUCUCUGUGACCACCACAAAAAUCUAAUUAGUAAGCAAUAAAUUAAAAGAACAUGAUGACUGUGUUGUCUCGUGGCGUGUAAACACUACAUCUCAAAUGGUUUUUAAUACUUAAUCGCUCUAAUUUGCCAAAUCUUUGUGGCGAAAAAGUAAAUAGCUUUUAGCUGCUUUUUGUAGUUGCUGAAAAAAAGCCCCAUUAGUGAGCGAUAUGCAUUGAAGCAUUGAAAAAAUCUUUGAGCAAAUUUUAAGCAUUUUUGAUCACAAAAUCAGUUAAAUCAUUACAUUUGUUUGAUAAAUAUAUGAUUAUCAAUAUGUGACUACAUAUAUUUAUUUGUUUGUGAUUUCAAAAAACACAUUGGGUUCUUAUGCCAAAACUCUAAGUUUAAUUGUCCACUUUAUAGAUGACAUAAAAGGUGCAUUUUUACAGCGAUUUUCCCAUGACAUGAAUGCAGCACCACUACCAGUUAAACUUAAAAUCACUCCCGUCAGCCACGACUGCUGCCUCGUCUGACUGCAUUUCAUCUGAAACAUGGAGAAAAAGGAAUCAUUGUCUUCAUCACUAACUUGACUCAAGACGUUGCACUUGUCUAUUGUGUUUCGUUUCCUCUUCUUCUGAAAGAGAAAAAGACAUUAUGACUUUUUAAUUUCAGCAAACUUUCUUUUCUCGAUCUUUUUGUUCUUUGUGGUUUUUUUCCUUCAUGCUGAGGAAUCUUAUCGGACAGCUCGAGGACUGGCAUUUUAGACGCUCUUCACUCAAGACACUUCUUCUUUCUUUGGGACGUCCCACUGUGUGAAAAAUCCCUCUUUUGCCUCUCUUCAUGGAGUCACAGUUUCUUAAAGCAGUCUCCUUGGCGCGAGGCAAUCGGUUAUUUUAUUCUGUCACUAAUACUCUGUUUAACAACCUUCUGACUGAUUUUAAAAUUAAUUCACAAAUUUAAAAACAAGUUUUUGAGUGUAUUCUUGUUAUAAAAAAAAAAACUGACUUGAACUAAAACUGCUGUUCACGUUUUUUUUUUCUUGAAUGAAAAAGAAUAUGUGUUGUAUUCUGAGGAAAAAAGAAAAAAAAAGAAUUGUAUUAAGUCCCAGUGUGACCUUGGAGCUGUUUGUGAAAGACUGAUAUUCAUUUUCAUUUAUUUCCAUUCUUUAGCAUUUUCUUUGUUUGUUUCUAUUUUGGCAAUAUUUGUCAGUAAGAUGUACACAAGGUUGGCCACUCUGAACUUCGUUUCCUUCUUGGACGAAAAGACGUCGCUUUUAAGUCGUUGCAAAGCGCAAGCAAGUUUAUAAGUCAUAUGUUUGGGAUUUUAAUAUUUCUGACGGCACUUAAAGGCAGCAUUAGACUGAAGAUGCUCAUAGCAAACAGUCCUACUCAGAUUAGGAGAUUUUAUGAUGUAGAUGGAUAUGGUUGUUGCAGAAAUCAUCUGGAAAAAUUCUUCACUGCUUGUGUGACUUUUUUUCUUUGUUUUUCACUUGUCUCUUCACUUGUUCAGUUUGCGUGGAGUCGUGGCAGGGCCUAAGGGAGUAAUGGGUGAUAAAUGCUGAGGAGAGGAGCCAGUAUCUGGCCCACGUUGCUGCAGUUUCUUUGAAACCAAAACCAUGUUGGCUACAGGAAGUGGCAGUACGACCAAGUUUGGUAUCAGCGCAGUUAGAUGGAGAGCUUUCCUGAAUAGCAGCAGUCAGCAGUUGCUGUGCAGCUGGUGUGACUGUUACUGAGUAACUGAUGCAUCUCUGGUGGUCCUCUGGUUGAAGUUUUCUUGUAGCUGUAUUGUAUCGAUGAGGUGCCAAAACUGCCAGUUCUGAUUUUAAUCACAGACAAGCAACUCAACCAACGUCUUGUGGUUAACUGUUCUUUUUCCCCUGGAACUGCUGGGUCAGUGCUAAGGCUCUGAUUAGCACUCUAGCAUGACGUCCACAAUACUGAGGGGAGGGAAGAAGCUUCAUUCCUUGGCUGUGUUUCUCUUUGGUUGAAAUCUGCAGUCUCAUUGAAGUUUAAUUUCCUGCUGGCAGGUCAAAUGAGGGCAGGAGAGGAGAAAAAAGGAGGUUGAGGGUUAAUGCAUGCCAACGAGCUUGUCCUCGUUUUUUCUUCUUCGUAGAGGCCAUGUUGUCACGUAUCAGACAGAAGUCAAGAUGUCCCAGUGUGAUUUGAAAAGCGGAACGAAGAAAUCCCCAACUGGCGCUGAACUUAAGCUCUAGCUGGUGAGUGAGUAAAUGAUCAGAACCUCCUUGGCUCGUUACUUGUGAGAUGUUUAAGGCCGAUAAGACAAAGUAGUGCUUUUUUUUGCUGAAUCAUUUACCUGCCAGAAUCAAAGUUGACUGCAGUCUUUUGUCUGUCAGAUUGUGACGGUUUGAAAACAAAGUUUUGAAUGAGUCAAGAGUUUUGUGUUUGUGAGUGCUAAGAGGGAGGGUGCGCUGGGUUUAUCAGGACGGUAAAGUUUGUGGGGUUGAUGUAAAAAGAUGUUAUUUGCACAGCAUUCACAGAAUGCAGCCCUGUGUUUUUUCAUUUGUUAGUUCUAAAAAUGACGCACUACUUCUAUACAAAUAUAAAUAUGUACUGUACAUAAAAUUAAAAAAAAUACCGAAGGAAUGAAUGUCAGAAAUGUUUAAAUUAUUUAAAACAUUAUGUUUGGCCCCCUUUGGUUCAUUAUAUUUGUGACACCCUGAGAAUGUGUUUUUUUAUUAUUAUAAAUAUUGCUAUUACUAUCAUAACCAUUAUUUUGUGUGAUAAUGACAAUAAUAAUCCUUUUGUAUUUACUCACAAACUGUAAAACCAGCUGUAGAAGUUAGUCUGGCACUGUGUGUGGCUAAUCAAACCUGAACCUGCUCUGUUUCCUGAUUUAUUUUUGUGGCUCUGUGUAAUAUAAGCUAAUAUAGAAGCAUUACUGUAGUGAGCUUGCAUGGCAAAAGAGAACAUAAUAGUAUGAAUAACAUGAUGCAUUGUUUAUAUUAUUUGUGCCAUGAAGAAGCAGCAAUAAUAAAAGUUUGCGUGGAGGUUUUACAGUUUCGGGUCAUAGAUUAUUUUGUGUGGGAUCGACUUUGUGUGAAUAUUUGUGGUACAAUAUUAUUUAAUGUUUUUAGUCUAAUUGUUUUAGCCCUGACACACAUAUUGUCACACACGCUCUGCUUAAACUGUAUUUUUACCACUGUUGUCAGCAUAAUGUUUAUCUUGGCGCUGCUGAAAAACCAAAAUAAGAAUAAAAUUUGAAGGUGAACAGGGAUUGAAAAGCCAGUGACAGAUGUGUCAUAUCUGAAAACAUGAAGAAAUGAUCAGUUUUGAUGGUCAAAACGGCAACAGACAAAAUACAAGAUAUAUUUUAACAAGUCUGUAAAGUGAUUUGAGUCAAGCAAGUCUUUUAAAUCUUUAAAAUUUAAAGGAGAAAUAGUCAUGUUGCUUACAGAUGUGAUCAGGAAAGUUAGAAAUUCGAUACUUCAUGACAUUUCUUGGACCAGACAGGUUUCUUGCUUCUUUUGGGUCAUCUACAUGUGAUACUGUGUUUUAUCACAUCAAUAUAUUGUAUGUCUAUAAAUGUUUUCUUAUUUUGUGAAUGCUUUUUUCAGUUUUUUCUUCAUUAACAAAAACGAUGAGAAAAUACAAUCGGUAAACAUUUACACAUGAAAAAUAAAAUUUACAAGCUUGCCACACCA